AUGGGCUGCGAUGGGCUGCCGCUGGGCUGCUGCUGGGCCGCCGCUGGGCUGCCGCUGGGCCACCGCUGGGCUGCCGCGAUGGGCUGCGAUGGGCUGCCGCUGGGCCACCGCUGGGCUGCCGCGAUGGGCUGCGAUGGGCUGCCGCUGGGCCACCGCUGGGCUGCCGCGAUGGGCUGCGAUGGGCUGCCGCGAUGGGCUGCGAUGGGCUGCCGCGAUGGGCUACGAUGGGCUGCCGCGAUGGGCUGCGAUGGGCUGCCGCUGGGCCACCGCUGGGCUGCCGCGAUGGGCUGCGAUGGGCUGCCGCUGGGCCACCGCUGGGCUGCCGCGAUGGGCUGCGAUGGGCUGCCGCGAUGGGCUGCGAUGGGCUGCCGCGAUGGGCUACGAUGGGCUGCCGCGAUGGGCUGCGAUGGGCUGCCGCUGGGCCACCGCUGGGCUGCCGCAAUAGGCUGCGAUGGGCUGCCGCUAGGCCACCGCUAG